CGGGCUCCUAAUGGUGAGCGGACUGAUUGGGUGAUGCACGAGUAUACAAUGGAUGAAGAUGAACUUGGGAGAUGUAAGAACGCCAAGGAAUAUUAUGCUCUUUAUAAGCUGUACAAGAAAAGUGGGGCUGGUCCCAAAAAUGGUGAACAGUAUGGUGCUCCGUUCCAAGAAGAAGAAUGGGUUGAUAGUGAUAGUGAAGAGGGCGAUAACGUUGCUGUACCGGAUGAUCCUGCUGUGGUCCACUAUGACAACUGUCGUCGUAUGGAUGAUCCUGUGUUCAACUAUGACAACUGUCGUCGUAUGGAUGAUACUAAAUUUUGCAAUCCUGUCAAUGUUCGGUUACAGGACAUCGAGAACCUUCUCAAUGAAAUUCCAGAUGCACCCGGGGUCACUACAAGACAGUUUAACGGGUUUACUGGUGUUCCUCAGGGUAAUAGCGCCGGAGAGAUACAGAGCACAUUGCUGAAUAGUUCUUCUGGAGAGUUUGUUGACCCCCGGAACACUGGAGUGUUCUUGCCAAAUAACCAGCCAUAUAAUAGGCAGUCUAGUUUUCAGUCCGGUCUGAAGUCAGAAAAUUCAUUUGAGGCUACCUCUGGUAUGGCACCUCUUCUAGAUUUUGAGAAGGAGGACUUCAUUGAAAUGAAUGAUCUUCUGAUCCCUGAACUCGGAGCUUCUUCAACUGAGAUAUCCACACAUUUCUUGAACAAUGGUGAAGUCAGUGACAUUAGUGAAUUCGACCAAUUGUUCCAUGACAUUUCCAUGUCUUUGGAUGCAGACCCUGUUUUUCAGGGAACUUCUACAGAUAUGUCUUCUCUGAGUAAUUUUGCUAACAACACAUCAGACCAGAGGCAGCAAUUCCUUUAUCAAGAGUUGGACCAGACCCUUGACAUCCAGCAGAAUAACUUCAUGCAUCCUAGUACAACUCUUAAUCAGUUCACUGACAAUAUGUGGUUUAAAGAUGGUCAGGCUGUUCUCUUUGACCAACAACCACAAUCUUCUUCUGGAGUAUUCACUUCACAUUCAACAGGUGUGAUGCCUGAGUCUAUGAAUCCUACUGUGAGUGUAAAUGCUCAAAACAAGGAAGGCCAAAAUGGUGGUGGAACAAAGAGCCAGUUCUCAUCAGCUCUGUGGGAAUUAUUGGAAUCGAUACCUUCAACACCAGCCUCUGCCUGUGAGGGUCCUCUUAACCAGACCUUUGUGCGUAUGUCUAGCUUCAGCCGCAUCAGGUUCAAUGGAACGUCAGUGACUAGUAGAAAAGUCACCGUAGCAAAGAAGCGUAUCAGUAACAGAGGUUUUCUUCUGCUAUCAAUUAUGGGUGCUUUGUGUGCCAUCUUCUGGGUGUUCAUAGCCACCGUUGGAGUUAUGGAAAGACCCUGCCUCUCGUGAUCUAGGCUCUUGAUUCAGGAUAAGUUUAGAAGAAAGCAUAUCGACAUUAGUGGUUAUGGAAUCUUUGAUUUAUGUAUAGAGUUUGAAAGAGCUAAGAAAAAUAAUUUUUAAAGGGGUUUCUUUUUACUUUUCCUUUCUCAAUUCACGAUGCCUUUGAUUUGCUUGCA